AUGCCACUCGUGAAAUGCCGCUUCUGCGGCAAGGAGAGGCGAAUUAGCCUUGGUUCCAACCUCCUUCCGUCCGAAGUGAACGACCUGCAUAUGCUAUGCCAGCCAUCCUGCUUCAAGAUGCUGCACAGCCGCGGCACGUUCGCAGACUUGAACCAGAAGGAAGUGCUUGUUCCCAUCAUCGACAUCUUUCACGACAUGGACCUUCAGCAAAAGGCCAUGGCCAAUAUAGAUGUGGCCAUGACGCACCGUGCCGAGAACUCCACCAUGCGGCAGCAAGACAUUGCCGCCCCACCUCCAUCAGGUCGUCCCGCCGAUCGCCAUAGCAACACCAACUGUGGAAACAACGGCAUCGACAAUGGCCCUCCUCUCACGACGCCAUCGUUGGUAGAUUCCUCUGCCGUCAGCCAACCCCAUAGCCUUCACAGCAGCGCCGAUCAUGAGUCCACUCCGCUGCAUCGACGAUCGCCGUCGUCCGACAUCUCGUCAUCCGCCAACUGCAGCUUCCCUUCCGCGCAGCCGCCCCCUCGAAGCAUUACCACGCCACCUCCAACGUCGGACAUGCGGUCGCUGUACAUACCACCCGUCCAUUACACGUCGUCGCUUCGCGCAACUUCAGCCGAACAACCGCCGACGGGUCCGUCCGACCUCCCUCCAGCCUUUGAACCGUCCCCACCAUCGCAACCCGCGGCUUCUUCUGACUACCUCCGCAUCAUCGAACGCUUUCGGUCCCGCCGCCUCGAAGACCUCGACGACCGCAACAACGUCCUCCGCCUCGACCUCACGCCCGCCAUCGACCUCCGCACCCCCCUCGCUGCCGCGGAAACGGCCGCUGUCAUCGGGUGCUUGGAAAACGUCGAGUUCGUCGUGGUGGUCCAGGGCCUCGCUGCCCGACUCAACGCCUCCUACUGGACCGUCUCGUUCCUCUUGACUUCACUGCCGCCGCUGCUGCCAGUGCAAUGCGACCACUACCGAGCCGACCGCCAUGGCGUGAUGACGUUUGUCGGGUCCGUCCUCGUGCCGCUCCGCGCCGUCCACGCGCACUUUCUGCACGGAUCGCCCGUCCAGUUGCCAUAUCCGGAUGGUCCGGUCGUGGUCGGCGGCGGCCCCGACGAUGGCUUGGCCUUGCACGACAUGGAGUUGGCGUUCCAUUCGACUCUGGUACAUGCCAACCUCAAAACGCAUUUUGGAUGGGAUGUCUUUGCCGGGGGAGCGCAUUGCUGGAUGCAGUACAUGCCAUCGCAGUACCAAGACAUGCACCGAUUUGAGCCAAAACUGCACAUGUGUCGCCCGUCGGGCCAGCGCUCCGAGUUGAUUUACUCUGGCAAUGGCUCCACCGACACUGCAUACCAAGUGGUCCUCGGUGAAAUGGAGCUCGUCGUGUUCGAUCCACUCACGGCCAAGCAGCGCAGUCGCGUACUGGACUUUCUCCGGCGGAUGGGGUACCUCCCAGGCACCCGCGCCGACCUCGUCGACAAGUACCUGCACAAUCUCAAUAAAUUUGGGUACAAGUCGUCCGUGGUGCAAGUCCGAGCAGGCGAGUAUGCGCAUGUGCACAAGGGUCGACUGCACCUGUGGCGCAGCGUGGGCGGCGCGUACCCCAUGCUCGUGUACAUUACGUGGGAAUGGACAUUUCAAGGCGUGACUCCGCAAGGCAUCCACGACUCGGCCAAGUUUUUACUCGACACUGCCGUGGCCCAUCAGCCGUCCUCCGUUGCCCCAUCACCGUUGCAAUACAUAUUCAACCCCCGCAACUGCUUCUUGGAGGCCAUCCGCCAGUGGUUGGCUCUCACCACCUUGGACACUGGCGCAUGCGUGCCCCACUUGCGCGCGGUGCUGCCGGUGCUGGAGCGGCUCGUCGAUGAGGACCAGGCCGUGCAUGACGACGGGGACGACGGAUGGUUCCUCGGCGCGCAGCACCCGCUUCCGGCGCGUCACCACGCGGGGCCGAACCGGACGCUGCCGCCGCACUUGAGUCGCUGCCGCCUCUGCUCGUACGUUGAUAUUGUUUUUCCCCAAAAUUUGGUUGACCAUUUGUCAUAA